AUGGAAAUCUACUUCAACAUAGUAUUCAUUACUGCUGUUUUUGGCGUUACUUUUGCUAAAAUAGGCAAAAAUUCUAGUUGGAAGAUAAAGAAAACAAAUAGAACGGAACUGCCCAGUGAUAAAAGAGAGCUUAGAGCUGUUCAGAUUCGAGAUGUGAAAAAAGAAUCACCGUUGAGAAAAAUCAGGUCAUCGGAAGAUGGAUUAGAAGAAAAAUACCCCCAAAAUAAGGACCGUAUUGAGGUCCGUCAGACCCUGGAUAAACUUAACCUAACCAGUGAUCUCUACAAAAUUCUUCAGGAGGAUUAUCUGUUUUGUCCAAUGUCAAGUCCAUGUCUGACACGCCCACGUUUGAAUUUUUCGCAGAUGUUACCAUACCGUCCCUGUUGUAAGGAGUGCAGCUGCACUGAAGACUGCUACAAGACGGGUACUUGCUGCGCGGACAUCGAAACACCAAAAUCUUCCAUAGACUGUAUAAUACCACAAUAUCUUCCGUAUGGAAGGUCCUUGGUCAACAAUACAAUUCAAAUUAAAAUGGUGACCAUGUGUAAACACAAUUUUGCUGGAAAGGACAUGAAAGAUUUGUGUGAGAGACCUAAUGUGGGACUGAAAUCAAUUGACAAGUUUUUGCCGGUAUUUGCUAGUGGUAAUGCCUAUCGGAACCGCUUCUGUGCGCUCUGUAAUGACGUAUCUAUUUCUAAUAUCAUACCAUUUCGAGGACAAGUCGCUUGUCCCAACGCCACGGGAGUGUACGCUAGCUCUGUUUCGAAUCUUUUACAAUCUCUUGAAGAAGAAAGACGAUGUAACCUUUUGUUUUAUUUGCCACCACAAGCAAUGCGUUUCGUUACUGAUCUUAGAUGUGAUAUUGGGUUUAUCAGAGAAUGUAAUGUAACAGGGAAAUGGCGUCACUAUGACCCCACUGUUGAGCGUGCGUGCACAUCCUAUACACAUAUAUAUCGUACUAUGUACAGAAAUGUCCACUGUUACAUGUGUAACAAUGAAGAUACUCCAUUUAUGAAGUGUUCCCAUAGAGAUCUUCAACCAGAAAUAGGGUUUACAAUGGGAGCCUUCACCGCCAUGUUACAAUUCUCUUCAUAUGUUCAGAAUGAAGACAUUGAAAGCCUGGACAACAAUCAAUGUCAACAAAACGAAAUAAAAGAUGUUUUAAGGAAUGUGUGCGUUCGUCCCAGAUGUUCCAUUCCUUUCUCGUUUGACGGCAGAACAAGAACAUGCUCCAAAGUGUUUGAAGAUAGAAUUACCGUAUAUGAAUUAUUUUUGCUUGUAACAAGCAAAGCCUCAUUCCGAACAGACUUGGUACAACCGUUUAUAACAGAUUAUCUAAGUAGUGGAUCCUCUUUUCACUUGAUGUACCAAAGACUUUUCGAAGUCGAUUUUAAGAAUUCCACAAUCUCUACACACACGAUAUUUCACAUGUUAUUCAGGGGAAAUGAUUCAUCUCAACAAAUACACCAUGUUCUUGGAACUGCUGAGUAUCUGAAGAAAGUUUUUAGAGAAAUAAAAGCUGUAAUUCUUACGGGACAGGCUUACAGUGAUUUCUCCAACUUAAGCACCUACUUCUUCCCUUAUGACGGACAGCUCCUUCGAGAAAAAAACACCAGUAAUGAUGAUUUAAUCCCUCCCAGUGAUUUCCGUGAUACAUUAUCAAACAGAGUUUCGAGGUUAUUAAUUUGUCCUUUCAUAACACUCGAAAACUAUACCACUACUUUAAAUAAGAACACUUUUGAGCUCUGUGUUUUGGAGCUGAAUGUCUGCUUUGAACAGAUGGAAUUCAGGGAGACAAACGGUACCUACUCAGUGUGUAUUGAUAAAUUCGUGAAAAGGAUGAAUGAUUUAUCAUUAAAGAAGACGUCCACACUUUUAGACCGUGACGAUGUCGAGGGGGUCCUUUCACUUGCCAGUACAUGUAUCUCUGUCGUGAGUCUUUUCUAUGUUAUAGUGACGUUCACAUUGUUUAGUUCUUUAAGAACUUUUCCGGGAAAGUUGAUUCUUGCGCUCUCUCUCAGCCUUUUAGUUGCCCACCUCCUGUACCAGUUUGGUUUGUUUCAAACUGACUACCCGAUCGUUUGUAAAAGUCUAGGCAUCUUGAUUCAUUUCUUCUGGCUCUCCGUCAUUUACUGGAUGAAUGUGUCGUGUUUCCACAUGGUAUCUGUCUUUACUCGAACCUUUGCACAAGAGCUUAACACCAAGUCCAGAUUCCUAAGCUACACAGCUUAUGUUUAUCUUAGCUCCUUCUUCUUUGUGAUUAUCAAUGUGAUUACCAGUCAUUUCAGGAAAGCUGGACUAGGAUAUGGCGGUAAUAUUUGUUGGAUUUCUAGUUCGGAUAUGGUUGGAUACGUUUUUGCGUUACCUCUUGGCGUUGUCAUAUUGUCAAACUUUAUUAUGUUUGUAGUCGUCGUCGUUUUCUUCCACAGACGACCUAACCUCCAGGGAAGGAAAAAUCGUGAUCGGGACGACUUUCUAAUCUUUAUCAAACUGACGAGCAUAACGGGGAUCUCUUGGGCGUUUGGAUUCCUUUUCGAAUGGUUCCGCGUGAAGAUUUUCUCCUAUCUAUUUAUAGUAUUUACUGGAUGUCAAGGCUUGUUUUUAAUGAUUUCCUUCUCCUGUAAUUCUCGUGUGUUAAAACUUUACUCGUCUGCUGUCAAGGGUUCAGGCAAUAGAUCCAACUCCUCUUCUAUGUACCAACUAACACGUCCGUCUAAAGAUUCAAGUCGUAACACCCAUCAAACGUCCACCUCGGCGUCUCAGAGGACGUAA